AUGUCUCUCCAUCCAGACAUCACCUCCGAGGAGGAUUACUAUGAGACACUCGGUCAAUGGACGGGGGUUCAAACACCUAGCUUCCCAACAAAUUACAUGGGGUCCAACCCAUCAUAUUGUACAGGGCCCAUGGUACCACCGACCAUGUUAACCCCAAUUAGUCUCCCGGAUAGUUCAUUCCGCCCAAGUCCAGCAUUGAGCCACCACUCGCAGGAAUAUGCCCAAGACUACCGCUACGCCAUGGAGCCGGCUCAAGGCCUGGGAAUCUCCGCCCCGUUCCCCAGCGAGUAUCCGCGCACAAGCGCCCCCGAUGCAGGUUACAUGUAUGCACAAGAAGAGAUGUCCUAUGGCACAGGCCACACGCCCGGUAUGUCCCCUGGGGGCCCACCUCACAAGCGCACGAAGCGCGCAUCCUCCAAAUCAUCCCGCGACACACCAAUCACCAUCCUGCCACACCCCGAAGGAAUCCAGCGGAUGGAGCGUGCCCCACCUCAGACGUCGGCUGUGCUUCCUAGAGUUCGUGGAUCGGGCCGAAGUAGACGGGAUCCGCAGGCGGAGCAGGAAGAUGAUUUUGUGGAGAACUUGCGCCAGCAGAACGUUGCUUGGAAGGUUGUACGGGAUGAGUUCCAGAAGACGUUCAAUAAGCAGACUUCGGAGGCACGACUGCAGAUGCGCCAACUCCGGAGACGAAAGGAGCGGCUGACGCGCUGGGAAGAACAUGAUGUGCAGCUUCUUAUCAGCGCUCAUGAGAUUUGGGAGAAUGAGAAAUUCUAUUUCAUUUCAGACAAGGUAAGUGUUUUGCAGUCCGGGUCAAGUUGGGCCUUGAUUAAAAAGUUAACACACUGCCAGAUGAGACAACUCGGCUCGACAAGAGAUUACACUGCAGAACAAUGCAAAGCACAACUGGAGCUGCUCGAAGCUAAACGACUAAAUCGUCGAGAAUUGGGAAGCACUUCCCCAUCAGCCAUGUCCGACCCGCCACACACACCUUCAUUACCAUCGAUAUCUCGCAAGCGGGCUCGGCCCCAGUCUUGGGACGAGCACAAUGCAUAA